AUGGCCUCCCGCAGCGCGGGCACCCUACUGACCGAGUUCAAUGCCGCCUACGUGCCCCCUAGCCUCAUGCCCGGGUACCAAGGCCACGUUCCCGGUGCGGCCUUCUCCUUCGGCUCCCCCUACGGCACCACCACCCUCAAGUACUUCCAGGACCACCGCAACGCCGCCAUGGAGCGUGGCAGGGGCGGCCACUUUCCCACCAUCUUCUCCCCCAACCCCGACCUCGUGCUCGUCGACCGCUCGCUCACCAGGGACCGCUCGCUGCACGCGCCCAGCUACACCCGCUUCAACCUGGAUAGCGACCACGCCGGCCGGCUCUCUCACUUCUACCAGAUGGUACAGCAGCAUCGGAAGUACUAUCGAGACAAGACGGGCACGGUGCCCCGGGUCCCCUACUUCGUCCUGCCUGUGAGAGAGGACCGGUACCCUCUCCCCACCGACCUGCCUCCGCUGAGCCUGAAGAACAAGUGGAACCUUUUAAGAGUGUCCCCUGAGAACCCGAAGACCUACCAGACCUUCCCAUCAGGGAAGAGGGUCUCUCCACAAGAGCGGCGGAGCAGAGACUGCUACUUUGAGUUCAGAGCAUGA